GGUUUAAUGAAUUUUUUCGGACAAAAUUACCCAUAAACUUUUCAUCUUGUUACAAAUAUAUCCUCUAUAUAUUCUCAUCUCAUUGAACCUUAUGCCCUAGCUUUUCUUUUUUUCUGGGCAGCAAUUCCAUUUCAUUCUUCAUUUCUAUCUCCCCUGUGGAAAUUGCAAUCAAGUUCGUUACUUUUUGGUGAUUUGAGGUCAAGAAAGCUCUUGGUUCGAACUGGGCAGUGUUUUCUUUUGAAUGGCUUUAUUCUCUUAUGAAGCGUAAUAGGUUUGAAGGGAAUCUUGAUUCUGGGGUUGUUGAUAUGAAUGCUUACAUUAUUGAAUUACAAGGAACUCACAAGCUUACAGUCUGUUGUUAAGAAAAGAGAAAAAAGCAGUUCAUCAUGCUCCUGAUUCAUAAAUGAGGAAAGGAAAGUGUGUCCAGUAGCUCGUUAGUUUUUUCUGGUAAUAGAUUCAUCCCUAAGUUAUCACUUCCCUAUUUGUUAAGUCUACAACGUGGACAUAUCUUACUGAUGUUAUCAUGCAAAGUUAUUCCUCGUUUGCAAGUUGUAAAUUUGCAGUCCAGUUUUCUCGAGAAAAAGAAGCAAUAAAGCAAUUUUGAGUCUGCAAAGCAUGAAAUGAAAAUGCACCUAGUUUUAUUAGUUCACAUUUUGUUUAUAUGAUCUUGACAUCUCUCACAUUUUAUUCUCUGAUGAUCCUCUCUCUCCCCCACAACACAUUUUUAAUGUUCAUUAUUAAAUAGUUUCAUCUUCACUUCAUAAUUUGCAAGUUUUGGAGGACAAAGCUUGCCAUUAAUGCUCCAAGUGUUCAGCAGGCUCCGGUGGGGAACAGUAAUCCUCUAAAACUUGUGGUUACUGUCCUGUAUACGUGCCCAGUUAAAGCCCUCAUCUCCAAAUUUCAUAUGCCCUAAAAUUACAAACCCUGAAAAAACUCAGAAACCUCUUCUCUUCCCUUUCUGCCUUGUUAUUAAUAAUAAUCUCAUAAAAACCAAGGAGGAAGAUGAAAAACAACAUGAUGGACAUGUGGAAAAUCGUCCACAUCCCUGACAAACCACCGAUCCCUCCUAACAAGCAACCCACUGUGAAUGUGUUCGCAUCAGUUAUUGAUCCAAAGCAUGCUAAUACCCUUAUAAGGCGUUUAAAUCAGAUAGCUCCUUUUGAAAAUCUAUGCCAUGUCAAGCGGAUUCGAAAGAAGCAUCUUGAAGGAGGAAAAACUCAGCUUUCAGUAAUUUUAUGUCUUGCCUCUGAGGAUAACAGUCUGUUGAACAGCUUGCCACAAGAUGUACAAGAGUUGAGCAAUUCCUACCAGUUGAGUCCUUUUGUUACAAAAGUUUGCAAAUAUGCCGCGAAAUCCAAAGAAGAGUGGGAAGAACAAUGCAAGCUAUGGCCAACCUCAUACCAUCCACCUACCUACAAUAUUGAUGGGAUUACUGGAUUCAGUGAAGAGGAUUCAUUGUCAGUUUUCAGCUUCAUGAAAGUUGCUAUUGAGUUGGCAAAAUCUGGUGAUGGUUUGAUUGUCAAUGCAGCAGUUAUAGUAGAUCCUGCAGUUCAGCAGAUCAUUACAAAUGGACGUGAUCAAAUCUUCUCAUGGCAUGCUCCCACGAACAAGACUUGCAUCAGAAAUGACUGCAUUGAACAGUCCACGACCCUUAUUUCUCAUCAGUCUAAUGGAGCAGCAAGUCUUAUAACAGAAGUGCUUCCAAAUGCUUCGCCUGGUGAACCUGAAAGUUUGUCUUAUGUGGUGUCUUGUUUAAGCCCCUGGAAGUGGUCUGAACAGGGAUCACAUACAGCUAAUUCUUGUUAUUGGCACCCUUUACGACAUGCUGCUGUUGUUGCCAUUGAAUCUUCUGCUGACAGGGACAGACACCUGUUCCCUGGUUUAGGAGAUGCUGAAGAGAAAUCCUUUGAAACUUCACAAUCUUCUUAUGUUGGUUCCCCUGUGAAAAGACAAAAGACGAGUGUUGCAAAUGUCGAGAAGAAGGAAGCAGAUCCUCCAGACAUGCCUUCAAAUUCUGUACCAGAGAGACCUUAUCUGUGCACUGGUUAUGACAUCUAUCUUGUGUGGGAGCCAUGUAUAAUGUGUGCAAUGGCACUUGUUCAUCAAAGAAUUAGACGAAUAUUUUAUGCUUUCCCCAAUCCAAAUACUGGUGCAUUGGGAAGUGUUCACAGACUACAAGGAGAAAAAAGCUUAAACCAUCAUUAUGCUGUAUUCAGAAUCUGUGUGCCUGAAGAAGUUCUUGAUAUAGCUGGAAACAGCAAGAGCUGCUGAUGUCAACUGAAGUGCCAACCACUGUUAGCUAACAAGAUUGGUCCAGAUCAUGAUAGAAUUUAAUUGAGCAUUUUUUUUCAAGGAAUAGGUUAACUUUUGCACCUGAUAUUUACCAAGAAGAUGAAUGCAUGAUUUUUCCCUUAGCAAAUGCAGAAGUUCCUUACAGAGCUUUGGACUGCAGAUAUGUGCUCCUGAGUUCUCAAAACCAAUAUGUAUUAUGGCUUCAUUUGAAGGUGCUGAUGAUUGAUUCACAGAUCGUUGGCCUUCAUGGAUUAUGUACAUUUUAUUCAAACACUUCACGUGUGUUAACUAUACAGUUUCUAUUCAAAGCUGCUACUUUCAGAAAGUAUUUCGUGUUUUUCUGCUACCAUUUGUGGUGGAUUAAAGAAUUGGAGGGUGCUACCCCAGAAACAAAAAGAAAUUAUGAAACGGGCACUCUGCCUGCUAGUCAACAACAUAAGAUGUUUGUGAGUGUUUGAU